GCCUUACACACUCAUAGUAGUCUCGCUGGUGGCUUGCCAAUAAUCUCAACACUGUGCGAAACAAAGGCACUUGGAAAGCCCAAGUUUCUCAGAAGCGCAACUACGGUACGCACAAUGUCUGGGACAAUGGCCAUCCUUGUUCCUCAUCCCAGUUUUAGAUGUCUCUGCAAUCCCUCAACUUCGAUGUCAUCGAAACUAUCCUGUCCUACGUCGAAUCGCGAGAUGCCCUGCCGCUCAUGACCACCUGUCGCGCACUACAUAUGCCCGCGAUGCGGCGGCACUUAUUCGAAAUCACCCUCCGUUGGGAAGACCCCCGCGAGUGCCAGAACAUUUUGCAGUUCUGCGAAUAUAUGCUCGGCGAUCCCAAGGUCCGCGCUCGAUGUCUUAGAGCGCUGACCCUCCUUCCCCGGCCCCAUCGACCAGCCGCCGUGCCUAUCUUCGACCACCUUGCAGAAGUCAUUCGACACGCGACCGGUUUGCGUAGGAUAGUCUUGGAUUAUGCGGACGAUAGCUUCCUCGACAGUUGUCCCACACUCGCGGAUGCACUCGCUGACGUGGAGUCGCUCGAGACCAUUCGCUUCGACUUCGUGUCUACAAGAGGGGUGGCGUUACUUUCGCGUAUGAAAAGCCAACCGCGAUCAGUCCAAUGCUCAGUCAAUGUCUUCAGGCUGCCAUCGCAAGGCCCGACACGAUUCCUGCAUAACUUCGUUCAGAGCCUGACUUUCUUGGAGCUCUAUGACGCACUCGAUAUUCUAGCGGUGGACACAGAACCCCAUGCCGUAUGGCCCCGGGUUCGCAAACUCGUCUUGCAGGACGAGAAAAUCAGGCGUGAACAUUGGCAGUUCAUAUGCCGUGCGUUCCCCAACCUUCGUACACUGCGCAUGGGUGGGAUGUUGCUCGACACUGCGGGCACCUGUGCCGAAUGGUCAGAGAUGGAUCUCGUUCAGACGAGGAGUCCACUCCCGUUGCGGUGCCACGUACGUUGCGUCGAACUCAAUAUCAGCCUGGAUAAGCAAUUUCUGUCCCCGCACAACGUCGCCGACUAUCUCGAGAUGCUCGGGCAUAGCUCGCCCGUUGCGCUGACCUGCCACCUCAAUGACCGCAUACUGGACUAUCUGCCUGUGCGACUGCCUCGUCUGCGAUUUCUCCACUUGGCGACACACGAUUUGGAGCUACCGACCGAGUUGGGCGGUGUUGCCAGAUGGGUAGAUGCCACACUGCUGCGUCUUGCGUCUUGCCUUGCCCAAACACAGGUCCGCACCGUCAUCGUUGAUCUUCCCCAUAAAUGUACCAACAGGCGGGCCGAGCUCCGUUCGCACGCCGAGAACAUCGCGACGCACGCUCGGUGUAUGGAACUCAUCGGUCUACACCGCCACGGUUAUCAACAAAGCCUCCAUGGACAGGUGCAAGAUCGGCAAGACUGGAGAUCCUUGCUCUGCAACUGGUACCAUGUGACAUCGAGGACCGAUGAUGGCAUCCCACAGCUGAGCAGAGUUUUCCAGAAGGAUACACCGGGAUUAGUUCCGCUCAUUCAAUCUUGCAAAACGCUCGGGUGACGCGCAAAGACCAACGUGAGGCAGUAGGGCUAGUAGAUCUGUCCGAACCGCAGAAUUGACAAUCUAUCCAUUGAGUAGAUAUGUGCUGUGUCGCUACAUAGUAAUGAGUGAAACACGUUCAUUGUAACAUUUUC